AGUUGAAUUGAGUGAAUGAGCCCGGGAUUUAACCAAGUGACCAUGUGCCUUUCUCUGUUCCUCUCAGAAAUGAUUGCCACACAGCAGGAGAUGAAUGAUGCCCAGUUGCCCCUCAGUCAGCGAGAUUACUGUGCUCAUUACCUCAUCAAGUAUCUGAAGUGUAAGCGGGACAUGUGGCCCAACUUCCUGGAGUGUAAACACGAGCGUCACGACUGGGAUUACUGCGAGCACGAGGAUUAUGUGAUGCGUAUGAAGGAGUACGAGAGGGAACGACGCCUGCUGAUGAGGAAGAAGAAGUUGAACGAGAGGCAGGCAGCAUGACCAGCUUUUCUGAAGCUGCUGGGUAACUAGGUGUGUGUCUCCAUCUGAGAACAACACCCUGGGCUGGCCUCGUUGUCCUGUGGGUGAUUUUUUUGUUUUGUAUAUAAUUCUAAUACCUCCUAACAUCAAUAAAAGGUCCAGUUAUAAACCCAA